AGGAUGCUCAUGAGGAGAGCGAGGGCGAUCCAUAUUCCCUACCUCUCCACGGUGAGGGCGGGAGGCGGGGCGACCGAAAUGAGUCGCGACCGAUCAGCGGAAACCGUCCGGCCGCGCCGCCAUGGUUGCCGUCUCGGACUUUUCGGGCGGCGAUUCCGGUCGGCCGAUCCAGGCGGCGCCGCCCCCUUGCGAACGCCUUUCGGGACGCCGGGAACCGGAAAUGGCAGCGGCGGGGCCGGUGGCUUUGCUGCCUACACCAGCCUGGAAGGGCAGGACAGAAUGGGCGGCGGAGCAAGGUUGUAGGGCCAUCAAGGG